GGUACCUUUUCAUACACUUUAAAUGCCCAUUCUUUUCAUUAACUUCUUCCAACAAACCUCACAUAUAUAGCUACCGUUUCACUCAUCUCUUGAUUUCUAGCCAUGUUCUGCAUUCAGUGUUGAACUGAACGUCUUGAUCACUUCCUCUUAAAAACCCAAAAAGAAAAUGUUCACUCCUCGACUUCUUCUAGCUUCAAUCCUUGUAACUUGUUGCCUUACAACUUCUGUAUUUGGAGCUACACUUCCCGACGAUGAAGUGCAAUACCUGCGUGACAUAGCAAAGACACUAGGGAAGACAAACUGGAACUUCAGCGUUGAUCCAUGCAGUGGAGAAGAAGGGUGGGCUACGGCCAACCCGGUCAAAGGAUUCGAAAAUGCUGUCACCUGUAAUUGCUCCUUCUCCAAUGCCACCGUCUGCCAUGUCGUUAGCAUAGUUCUCAAGGCACAGAAUCUCCCAGGGACUCUCCCAAAAGAAUUGGUCAAGUUCCCUUACCUCCAAGAAAUUGACCUCAGCCGCAACUUCAUUAAUGGCACAAUACCUGCAGAGUGGGGUUCCAUGCAACUUGUCAACAUUUCUCUUCUUGGAAAUCGCUUAUCAGGUUCAAUCCCAAAAGAGCUAGGAAAUAUAACUACUCUUACCAGCAUAUCAGCUGAGUUCAAUCAGCUUUCAGGAGCUUUGCCUCAAGAGCUUGGGAAACUACCCAAAAUUCAAAGAAUGCUUCUUAGCUCUAACAAUUUUACUGGGGACAUACCCGAAACAUUUGCUAAGCUGACCACAUUGAAGGACUUUCGGAUUAGUGAUAACCACUUCACUGGAAAGAUUCCUGACUUCAUCCAGAAUUGGACAAAACUGGAAAAAUUAGCAAUUCAGGCAAGUGGUCUGAUUGGACCAAUUUCAUCAAGCAUUGGUGCUUUGGAAAAAUUAACUGACUUGAGAAUAAGUGACUUGAAUGGAAGUGAUGCAACUUUUCCACCACUUAGUAGCAUGCAAAAGAUGAAGAUACUGAUAUUGAGAAGCUGCAAUCUCAUUGGACAGUUACCUGAAUAUCUUGGGGAUAUGACAACUUUGAAAACCUUAGAUCUCAGCUUUAACAAACUCAGUGGAGAAAUUCCUACCAGCUUUUCUGGCCUUGUGGAUGUGGAUUACUUGUAUUUUACUAGAAACUUGCUUACUGGAUCAGUCCCUUCUUGGAUACUGGAAAAAGGAGACGUUGUUGAUCUUUCUUAUAACAAUUUCACAGCUGGAAGCCAAGGGACAUUGACUUGUCAACAGCGGAGUGUGAAUUUGUUUGCAAGCACUUCACGCGGCAAUACCUCGGGAACUGUUUACUGUUUGAGAAGCUUUCAGUGCCCAAAAUCUUGGUACUCUCUCCUUAUAAACUGUGGGGGCAGGCAAGUUACUCUUGGUGGAAAUACCACAUAUGAAGAAGAUACAGAUGGAUCUGGGCCUUCAAGAUUUUUCCAGAGUAGAAGUAAUUGGGCAUUUAGCAGCACUGGCCACUUCUUAGAUGAUGACCGUCCAACAGACACCUAUAUUGGGACAAAUGCAUCUAAACUAUCUAUGAAUGACUCCCAAUUGUACAUGAAUGCACGCAUUUCUCCCAUUUCUUUGACUUACUAUGGAUUCUGUCUGGGUAAUGGAAACUACACAGUGAACCUCCAUUUUGCAGAGAUAAUGUUCACUAAUGACAAUACGUAUUCCAGCUUGGGAAGGCGCAUAUUUGAUAUUUACCUUCAGGGCAAGCUGGUGCAGAAGGAUUUUAAUAUCGAGGAUGAAGCAGGUGGAGUUGGUAAGGCAGUCAUAAAAAAGUUUCCUGUAGCGGUGACUAAUAGUACCUUGGAGAUCCGGUUUCAUUGGGCCGGAAAAGGGACAACUGGUAUUCCUGUUAGAGGAGUUUAUGGUCCUCUUAUAUCAGCUAUAUCUGUGAAUCCUGAUUUCAUACCUCCAUCAGAAAAUACUGGAGCUAGUAGCGGUAUAUCUGUGGGUGCAGUGAUUGGAAUUGUAGCUGGAGCAGCAUUUGGCAUCCUUCUAAUUGUUGUUUUGCUUUGGUGGAGCGGCUGUUUAAGACAAAAAAGCACAUUGGAACAAGAUCUAAAAGGUUUAGACUUGAAGAUUGGUUCCUUUAGUUUGAGGCAAAUCAAAGGUGCCACAAACAAUUUUGAUUCUGCUAAUAAAAUUGGAGAAGGAGGCUUUGGACCUGUUUACAAGGGCCUUCUGGCAGAUGGCACUGAAAUUGCCGUUAAGCAGUUAUCUGCUAAAUCAAAGCAAGGAAAUCGUGAGUUUGUGAAUGAACUUGGCAUGAUUUCUGCUCUGCAACACCCUCAUCUGGUAAAGCUAUAUGGAUGUUGUAUAGAAGGAAAUCAACUGUUACUGAUUUAUGAGUACUUGGAAAACAACAGCCUUGCCCGUGCAUUGUUUGGUCCAGAAGAAAGACAAUUGAAAUUAGACUGGCCAACAAGACAGAAGAUCUGCAUUGGAAUAGCGAGAGGUUUGGCAUAUCUCCAUGAAGAAUCAAGGUUGAAGAUUGUGCAUAGAGACAUCAAGGCCACAAAUGUGUUGCUUGACAAGCAUUUAAACCCUAAAAUAUCAGAUUUUGGUUUAGCCAAGCUUGAUGAAGAGGAUAACACUCACAUUAGCACCCGAGUUGCUGGAACUUUUGGCUAUAUGGCUCCUGAAUAUGCAAUGCGUGGUUAUUUGACUGAUAAAGCAGAUGUUUAUAGUUUUGGGAUAGUGGCCCUGGAAAUUGUUAGUGGGAGGAGCAACAUUAGUUACCGUCCGAAGGAAGAAUGUUUUCAUCUUAUUGAUUGGGUUCUUACUUUGAAGGAGCAAGGAAGUCUAUUGGAUCUGGUUGAUCCGAGGAUGGGCUCCGAUUACAACAAAGAGGAGGUGAUGGCAAUGAUCAAUGUGGCUCUCCUAUGCACCAAUGCUACUGCUGCUGCUAGGCCUGCCAUGUCCUCGGUGGUGAGCAUGCUUGAAGGCAGGGCUGCUGUUCAGGAAUUGGUUACAGAUUCAAGCAAUUUUUCUGAUGAAUCGAAGUCUCAGGCGAUGAAGAGGCUUUACCAGCAUCUUGAAGAAAAGAGUGCCCCUGAGAGCCAGAGACACAGUAGCAUGUCAACAGUUGGGCCGUGGACUUCUUCCUCUACAUCUGCUGCUGAUCUCUAUCCAGUCACUUUAACUUCUGAUUAUUGGCAGAACAGAGACUCAUCAACAACUUAAGCAUACCGCCUUGAUUGGAACAAGAGAGACUCGCUUUCAGUUAUGUAGCUUAGCAAAUGGAUUGGAAAAGGGAAAAGAAAAACAAGUCUCAGAACGUUUGUUAACACUUUCCCAAAAAGAAAAAUGUAAAUUGGCAGAUAUAGCAACUGGUUUUAUGCAAUUAUAUAUUUUUAUAUUUUUA